GGAGACGUAUUUGGCUCGGCUCUCUUUCCCCUUCACUUCUCGAAAUACUGCACGAGAGGUAUCAUGCGGCUCAUUAUUUCCGAAAUCUCGCGAGACAUCCGUCUCUCUCUCUUUUUCUCGGACUCGGAAAGAUGCCUUCCAGACUGAGAAAGACCAGGAAGCUGAGGGGCCAUGUCAGCCAUGGCCAUGGCCGUAUUGGGAAACAUAGGAAGCAUCCUGGAGGCCGUGGUAAUGCUGGGGGUAUGCACCACCACAGAAUUAACUUUGACAAACACCAUCCUGGUUAUUUUGGAAAAGUUGGUAUGAGACAUUACCAUUUGAAGAAGAACCAGCACUUCUGCCCUACAGUUAAUUUGGAUAAACUCUGGACCCUUGUUAGCGAGCAGACGAGGCUCAAGUAUGUUAAAAAUCAGACUGGAGCAGCUCCAGUUAUUGAUGUUGUACGCUCGGGUUAUUACAAAGUCUUGGGCAAGGGGAAGCUGCCCAAGCAGCCUGUAAUUGUGAAGGCAAAAUUCUUCAGCAGAAAAGCAGAAGAGAAAAUCAAAGAAGUUGGUGGAGCCUGUGUGCUAGUGGCAUAAAUAAUUUCUGUAUGAAUUCAGGCAUGAAUAAAUACAGUUUCAGAUA